GAAGGAUCGUGCGUCAGAAGCGUUUCGUCGUCGAGUGCGUGAAGAUCUGUCAAGAGAAUCGAGCGCGUGAAAACUCCAAGACAGCGAUCGAACUCCGUUUCAGAGACAAAGUGCCAAAUCACAGCAAGAAACUGCUGAGAUACUGUGUCGAUAGACGAUUAGAAAUUGUUGAUCAAAAGUCUAGGCGAGUAGUUUGCCACAAAGAAAGCCCCACAAAUGAUGAGCACUCGCUCCGUGUCGCCCAAAGUGCUGCUGGACAUUAGCUACAAGCCCACGCUGCCGAAUAUCAUGGAGCUGCAGCACAAUGUGAUCAAGCUAAUCCAAGUGGAGCAGCAGGCCUAUGUGCACUCCAGCCACUACAUCCAUCAGCAGCAACAGCAGCAGCAGCAGCAUCCCCAGUACGCGCCCUUGCCAUCGGAGUACGCGGCUUAUGGCAUUACGGAGCUGGAGGACACCGACUACAAUAUACCCAGCAACGAGAUCCUGAGCACCAGCAGCAGCACGCACAGCAAUCACAGUGCCCAAAGCGCCAGCCUGGAGCUGAACAACAACCACACGGCCAGCAACAGCAACGGCAGCAGCAACAAUCAGAACGGAUUCGAGCAGCAGUCGGUGGCCGGGUCGGGUUCCUCCUGGAACGAGCACGGCAAGCGGGCCAGAAGCAGCAGCGACUAUGAGUGCCAGUCCGGUGGCACACUGGCCAUGCAGCCGGACCACAAGAAGCUGCUCCACCAACAGCAGCACCACCAGCAACAGCAGCAGCAGCAGCAACAUCUGGAGCAGCAGCAGCAGCAGCAACAGCAACAGAUUUAUGUGGAUUAUCUACCCACCACCGUGGAUGAGGUUGCCUCGGCACAGAACCAGAGCACCUGCACCUCUCCCCACUCACACUUUGAGUUCCCCGAGGAGGAGCUGCCGGAGCACAAGGCUCAGGUCUUUCUGCCCCUCUACACAAACCAGCAGCCGCAGCAGCCGCAGCAGCAGCAGGCGACACAUCAGCAGCAGGCGACACAUCAACAUCAACAGAAUCCACAGCUCCACUUCCAGAACGGCUACCGGCACAGCUUCGAUUCCUACGAGCCGGCCAAUUCCCUGAACGGCAGCGCCUACUCCAGCUCGGACCGGGACGACAUGGAGUACGUCCGGCACACGGCCCUCAGUUCGGUCAGCGAUUUGGCCGCUGGAGUGGGAGUCAACGGCGGUGGCUUGUCGCCUGCCUGCCUGGCGGAUGACGGCAGCUCGGGCAGCCUGUUGGACGGUGUCGAUGGUGGCGGCAAGGCUUUCCGCAAGCCCAGGAGACGCCUCAAGCGGAAGCCCAGCAAAACGGAGGAGACGGACGAGUUCAGCAACCAGCGGGUGAUGGCCAACGUGCGGGAGCGCCAGCGCACCCAGAGCCUCAACGAUGCCUUCAAGUCGCUGCAGCAGAUAAUACCGACGCUGCCCAGCGAUAAGCUGAGCAAAAUACAAACUCUGAAGCUAGCCACAAGAUACAUCGACUUCCUCUGUCGCAUGCUCAGCUCCAGUGACAUCUCACUGCUGAGGGCGUUGGAGGCACAGGUCUCGCCCAUGGGCUCCUCCUCCCCGUAUGGGGCGGCCAGCACGCUGCUGAGCGCUGCGGCCAAUGGAGCCGAUGCCGAUCUCAAGUGCCUGCGAAAGGCAAACGGAGCGCCCAUCAUCCCACCCGAGAAGCUGAGUUACCUCUUCGGGGUGUGGCGCAUGGAAGGCGAUGUGCAGCACCAGAAGGCAUAGCCGCUCGGAUCGAGAUCCGGAGCGAGAUUUAUAUCCUAUUUGUGCGCAGUUCCAGGGAGGGCUUCCAGCAACAAUAAUCGUGUGAAUUCCAGAGCCCCAGCCGCUCUCACUCUUCAACUCUCUAUCACUCUUUCCAUAUACUAUAUAUUACGUACGUGUCUAAUAGAUCGUAGAUGUCUAAGCCUAAACUUAUUCUUAUUUAAUUUUAUAGUCUAAACUAAAUUAAUUGUAAAGCAAGCGCUCGAGCGGUGCGAGAGAUGGAAAACCAAUGAAAACAGAAAAAACAAAGGGAAAACCCAAAUACA